GCACAUUCUUCUCCAGUCAGAGUCACUUCAGUCUUCAUGAUGAUCUUCAGAGAGUCAAAGAGCAGCACAAAACCAUCAUGAAGAUCAAGUACGAGAGCUUAUUUGAGGGAGUGAAACUCCAGCAGAAUCAAACCCUCCUGAACAGCAUUUACACACAGCUGUACAUCAUAGAGGGAGAGCGUGAAGGAGUGAAUGAAGAACAUGAGGUGCUGCAGAUGGAGAAGAGAUACAAGACUCUCCAAGACACUCCAAUCAACUGCAAUGACAUCUUUAACCCUUCAGCUGAAGCAGGAGAUGAGGAGAAGAGCAGAGAGGAGAAAGAGCAGAUCAAGACUGUUCUCACUAAAGGCAUCGCUGGAAUUGGAAAAACCGUCUCUGUGCAGAAGUUCAUUCUGGACUGGGCCGAGGGAAAAGCCAAUCAGGAUGUAGAUUUCAUCUUUGUGUUUCCAUUCAGAGAGCUGAACUUGAUUAAAGAUCAUCAGUACAGUCUUCACACACUUCUGCUGGACUUUCAUCCUGAACUUCAGCAUCUGGACUCACAGAUUUAUGAGGAGUGUAAAGUUGUGUUCAUCUUUGAUGGUCUGGAUGAAAGCAGAAUCACACUGAUGUUUUCAGCCUGUCAGAAAGUUUCUGAUGUGACUGAAGCUUCAUCAGUGAGUGUGUUGAUGUCCAACCUCAUGAAAGGAGAUCUGCUUCCCUCUGCUCUCAUCUGGAUCACCAGCAGACCAGCAGCAGCCAAUCAGAUCCCCUCAAAACACAUCAGCCUCGUGACGGAGAUUCAGGGCUUCAAUGACCCUCAGAAGGAGGAAUAUUUCAGGAAGAGAAUCAGAGGUGAAGAUCAAGCCAGCAGAAUCAUCUCCCACAUCAGAAGAGCAAGAAGCCUUCACAUCAUGUGCCACAUACCUGUCUUCUGCUGGAUCUCAGCCACUGUGCUUCAGAGCAUCCUGAAACAAGAUCUGAGUGCAGAAAUCCCUCAAACUCUGACUGAGAUGUACAUCCACUUCCUCCUCAUUCAGACACACAUGAGGAAGCAGAAGUAUGAAGAGAGAGAUCCAGAGAAACUCCUGCAGUCCAACAGAGACGUGAUUGUGAAACUUGCUGAACUGGCUUUCAAUCAGCUGAUGAAGGGCAAUGUGAUGUUCUACGAGGAGGACCUGAUUGAGAGCGGGAUAGACGUCGCUGACGCCUCAGUGUAUUCUGGGAUCUGCACUGAGAUCUUCAGAGAGGAAUCUGUGAUUUAUCAGAGGAAGGUUUACAGCUUUGUUCAUCUGAGCUUUCAGGAGUGUUUUGCAGCACUGUAUGUGUUUUACUGCUAUUUACACAACAACACUGAGGUGAUGAAGAUGUUCCUCACAGGAAAACACAGAACUCAGAGUGAGAAAGUUCCUCUGGAUGUGCUUCUGAAAGGAGCGAUGAACAAAGCCUUGAACAGUAAAACUGGACACCUGGAUCUGUUCCUGCGAUUUCUUCAUGGCGUCUCACUGGAGUCCAAUCAGAGACUCUUACAGGAUCUGCUGAAACACACAGAGAACGACCCAGAGAGCAUCAAGAAAAUAAUCCACAACCUCAAACGAGGACAAAAAAACAACAUCAGUCCUGAAAGAUGGAUGAAUCUCUCACACUGCUUGAUUGAGAUGAAGGAUAAUUCUCUUGUUGAAGAAAUGCAGAAAUUUUUAAACUCUGAAACAAACAACAAAAAUCUUUCUCUUGCUCAGUGCUCAACUCUGGCAAACAUGCUCCUGAUGUCAGAGGAGGUGCUGGAUGUGUUAGAUCUUAAAAAGUACAACAUCUUAUCCUCAUCAGAGGGGAGAAGGAGACUGUUACCAGCUAUGAGGAACUGCAGAACAGCUCUACUGUCAGGCUGUGAUCUCACUGAUCAGCACUGUGAAGUCAUGGCUUCAGUUCUACAAUCAUCAAACUCCUCACUGAGAGAGCUGGACCUGAGUAACAACAAUAAACUGCAGGAUUCAGGAGUGAAGCUGAUCUGUGCUGGACUGAAGAGUCUAAACUGUCGACUCAACACACUGAGAUUGCCUGGCUGUAAUCUCACUGAUAAGUGCUGUGAAGUUCUGUCUUCUGCUCUACAAUCAUCAAACUCCCCCCUGAGAGAGCUGGACCUGAGUAACAAUAAACUGCAGGAUUCAGGAGUGAAGCUGAUCUGUGCUGGACUGAAGAGUCAACUCAACAUACUGAGAUUAUCCGGCUGUUUGGUGACAGAGGAAGGUUGUGCGGCUCUGGCUUCAGCUCUGAGCUCAAACCCGUCACACCUGAGAGAGCUGGAUCUGAGCUACAAUCACCCAGGAGAAGCAGGACUCAAACUGCUCUCUGACAAACUCCAACACCUCCACAAACUCAAGUAA